UACAUAAUACGCUCAGCUGCAUGCAAGCUGCGUGCGAGUCAGCUGUCAGCUGAUAUAAUACCACCACUGGUACUUGUACUUAUGGGCCCACUGGAGAAUGCUCGUGGGAAUAAAUUUAGUCUGAAAGUUGACAUAGAAAGCGGUGUUCUGACAAAAUUAGUGUGUAAUCCUGGUAGAGAUUCCAUAAGCUUCCAUUCCAUUAGAAAAAUGGAAAUGUUUGUUUGCAUGUAUCGUUUUUUGAUGUGUAUGACGAAUGAUUUCUGUAAAAGGAUUUCAUCAUGUAUGACAACAGAUGUUUAGACAUUAACUUUUAUUACGAUGUAUUUAUUGUAUCACUAGACACCUGAAGGUUACAUACAAUUCAUCAUGAAGUCUGUUCCAAUGUCGAAUGUAAAGAUGAAAUGGCUGGAUCAUUUGAACAGUGUUUGGGCAGGAGAAAAUUGUGAUAAUGUGUGUACCAGGGAUGGUGUAUUUUUAUUAUAUGAACGCCUAGUGGCAAAUAAAGAGGUUGUGAUUUCACCUACAACAAGUUCAGUGUUAAAUCAAAAUCCAGUCCUACCAGAUUUUGAGUGUGAAUCUCCUUCAGUUGGUGAAUUGGAACAUCAUGUCACAGCUCUUCUUAAUUCACAAUUUGAACUAGCAAGAAGUGUGUGUGCAGAAUCACCAUUUUCAGUUGUCCUGAGGCAAAGGUUAUUAGUUUUAUGGAGAAUAUUUCAUUCCGUAUCGACCAAAUACCAUGACAAGGAGAAGGUAAAAUCUCAAUCAAGCACACAUGACAACGAAACCAGAAGUGAGAGCAAUGAAAGUUCUAGUGACAGAAGUUGUUCUUCAUCUCAAGCGUUGAUUGAGAUGGGAGUUAAAACAGGACUUAGUCUUCUUUUUACAUUAUUACGUCAGAGUUGGCACAAUGCUGCUUUAACUGGGAGCAUUAACCUCUGCAAUGAAGUAUUAACAACAGCUGCAGAAGUUGUUAGAAAUUUACCUCCAUUGGCUUUAGCCAAUGAGAGUCAGAUUACGCCUCUUGGUGCUCAAGGUUUAAGAGAAGUUACUAAAUUUUUGAGACAGGCUGCUUUACCAUCAUCUGGUGCAGAUACUACUGGGCAACUGCUUGCUUCAGAGUUACUCUUAGCAUUGGCUCUUCAACGUGGAUCCCUCAGUCAUCUUCUUGAUUGGAUUGACAUGGCUCUUUGUGCAUCUGCAUCUAAUCCUACAGCUACUAUCACAGCUACAGUUUUUGUUGAAGCUAUCUCUCUAAUGCAUUCAUCUGUUGCUGGUACUGCAGGGGUGAUUUCUUCUGUUCAAAAACCUACUGCUGAUGAGAGAGGCCAUGUACCUCUUUAUCAAGCUGCUAUGUACCUUAUGGAAGAGGUAUGCAAUUACUGGAAUAACUAUUAUUUUGAAUCUUUUUAUUGUCUUGAUUUUGAGAAAUGUUUAAAGAGUAGAAAAAGGCCAAUAAUAGACAAAGUCAGAGGAGGAUCCUCUCAUUUUACUGCCAUGCUGUUGUGAUACCUUAGUCCGACCAUGAGGACUGGAGUGGUGGAAAUCUCUGGUUACUAGGGACAUUAAAUAUGAGUAAUGUCAUAAAAACAGAAUUCAUAUUAUGCAUUGUUUAAUUGUUUUCUUAGUUUAAACUUAACGUGAUAUGAAAAAUUUUUUCUACAUUUGUUCCUCUGCAUUGUGGACUGGAGAAGACAAGAAUAGAUGUUAGAUUUUAAAAAAGUGAUGCAGGGAUUCAUAAUUUGUCCAUGCAUCUUUCUUUGUUGCCAUAAAGAGUUUGAUUAGCAAUGUGCAGAUUUUUUUCUCAGAAAGGAGUAGUGGAUCAGAUAGCUUGGGAAACCUGUAAUGUAUGAUCAGCAAAAUAGUGUCCUGGAAUGCUUUGAUAUUUUGUUGUGUGUGUUGUCUUUUUAUUUUAUAUAGCUUUAACUUUAUUAUUGAUCAUAUGUGAACAAAAAAAAGAACAGUUACAGUAUACCAGAUCCAAGAUACUGUAACAGGGGAGCUUGAUACAUUAUCAUUUUUUAGUAAUCCUCCAUUAAUAUUUCAAUUUGCCAUAUCCGUCACAUCUCGUUGCAGUCAGUUGUCAAGAGGACCUCCAAGU